AUGAGUGGUGUCGUUGAAGACACGACAGCGUCGAGUCGCUCUGCUGCGCGUCUGGAUGGGUCCGACGACCUCGACCGCUCGAAUUUCAUUUACAAGAUUGUCGAGAGCGAUGUGGCUGAAGGCCGCGUGAAGGAGGUUAUCACGAGGUUCCCUCCCGAGCCUAACGGCUUCCUGCACAUCGGACAUGCCAAGUCGAUAUGCCUGAACUUCGAGCUUGCGAAGGCCUUCGGCGGCCGUACACACAUGAGGUUCGACGAUACGAACCCAGUUACGGAGGAAGCUAUGUACAUCGAGUCUAUCAAGAACGAUGUGCGCUGGCUCGGCUAUGAUUGGGGCAAGCACCUCUACUUCGCCUCCGACUACUUCCAAGAGCUCUACGACUGGGCCGUGGAUCUGAUAAAGAAGGGUUUGGCCUACGUGGAUGACCAAAGCGUCGAGGAGAUCCGUGCGACCCGCGGCAGCAUCACGGAGCCCGGGAAGGAAUCUCCCUACCGCAACCGUAGCGUGGAGGAGAACCUGCACCUGUUCGAGCAAAUGCGUGACGGCGCAUUCCCCGACGGCUAUUGCUGCCUUCGUGCGAAGAUAGACAUGGCUUCUGGCAACAUGAACUUGCGUGACCCUAUCCUGUAUCGUAUUAUUCGCGCAACACACGUCAACACCGGUGACAAGUGGAUCAUCUACCCGAUGUACGAUUACGCGCACGGUCAAUCCGACAGCAUCGAGGGCAUCACCCACUCCAUUUGCACCGUCGAGUUCGAGAACCACCGUCCGCUCUACGACUGGUUCCAAGAGAAGCUGGGCAUUCUCCGCACUCGCCAAAUCGAGUACGCUCGUUUGAACUUGACUUACUGUGUGAUGAACAAGCGUCUACUGAUCCAAUUGGUGAACAAGGGAUUGGUUCGCGGCUGGGAUGAUCCCAGGAUGCCGACCAUAUCCGGUCUGCGUCGCCGCGGUGUCCCCGCCGCCGCCAUCCGCCGCUUCUGCAGGAAGGUGGGCGUGGCGAAGCGUGAGAACCUGAUCCAAAUCGAGCUGCUUGAGGACUGCAUUCGCGAGUACAUGCACGAGCACGCUACCCGUCUUUUCGCCGUUGUGGAACCGAUCCUCUUGGAGAUCGAGAACGUGCCCGAGGACUACGAGGAGGAAAUCGAGAUCGCCACCUACCCCAACCCCGGCACUCGCAAACUCACGUUCGGCAAGCGCAUUUACAUUGACGCUAAGGACUUUAUGGUCAACCCUACCAAGGACUUCCACCGGCUGUUCGUCGGCGGGGAGGUGAGGCUGCGCCACUGCUACUGGGUGAAGUGCACUGACGUGGUCAUGAACGGUGACAAGAUUGAGAAAAUCAUCUGCACCCACGAUCCGUCGACUAAAGGAGGCUGUGCCCCGGCCGACGGGCGCAAGGUCAAAGCUACCAUCCACUGGAUAAACGAGAAGGACGCUGAGCGUGUCGAGGUACGUUGGUACUCUCGCCUCUUCACGAAGCCCGACCCCAAGGAAGGCUGCGUCGAGAAGGGCGACUGGAUCAAGAACUUCAACUUCGACUCGAUGCACAUAUACGGGGACAGCCUGUGCGAGCGCAGUGCCGUGUCAUUCAACGUCGGCGAGCCGCUCCACUUCGAACGUCUUGGUUACUUCACCAAGGACGAAGACUCCACCGACUCGAAGUGUGUGUUCAACCUCACCGUGGGAAUCCCGGACAAGUUCGACAAGGACGCGUUCGAGCGCGAGCACAAGGAGCGCGAGCGCCAACGCCGUCUUGAGGCAGCCGCUGCGCGGCGCCUGAAGCGCGCGCCUGCAGAAAACGCAGGGAGCAAUUGA